UCUCUUUUCUUUCUCCUCCCUCACUCUCUUCUCUCUUUUUUUUCUUCUUUGUUCUUCGUUUUUCUUGGACUUUUUGAUCGAAGAUCAUGGCUCGUCUCGCAGUCGGAGGUGCCGAUGAGUACAGGCAACCGGAUGCAAUGAAGGGAGCUCUCGCGGAGUUCAUUGGGACGUUCUUGUUCGUCUUCGCUGGUGUUGGAUCCGCUAUGGCUUUUGCCAAGCUGGAAGGACCGAUUCUCACACCCGCUGGCCUGGUGCAAAUCGCGCUCGCGCACGGGAUCGCCCUCUUCGUCGUCAUCGCCGCCACCGCCAACAUCUCGGGAGGCCACAUCAAUCCCGCCGUCACGUUUGGCCUCGCGGUUGGAGGCCACAUCACCAUCGCCAGGGGAGUCCUCUACUGGAUCGCCCAGCUCCUCGGGUCAGUGCUCGCGGCUCUCGUUCUCAAGCUCACCUUCCUCCACGAGAGUGUUCCCAUUCACGCCGUUGGAGCUCACGAAUCUCUGAUCUCCGCCCUGGUGAUCGAGAUCGUCACCACUUUCGCUCUCAUCUUCACGGUCUACGGCACUGCGGUGGAUCACAAGCGUGGAGUCGUCGGAACCAUCGCCCCCAUCGCGAUUGGAUUCAUCGUGCUCGCCAACAUCCUCGCGGCCGGGCCUUUCAGCGGCGGAUCAAUGAACCCGGCCAGAUCCUUUGGCCCAGCUCUGAUUACUUUCAACUGGACGAACCACUGGAUCUACUGGGUCGGGCCUCUCAUCGGUGGUGGCCUUGCUGGGCUUGUUUACAACGAGAUCCUCAUCACUCCACCACCUCCAGAGGAAUACUAGAAGCUCUCCGAGCAGCUCGAGAUUGGUCGGCACGGCAUGGAUUGGAUCGUUUCUUUGGGUUGAUUUGCUCUGUUUGUUGAUACUGUGUUUUCUACUCUGUUUUUCACCUCGAUUUUUCCUCUUUUUUUCCCCCUCUUCUUCGUUUUACCCUUUCUUUUCCUGCGCUGUAUGAUUAGGGAUUACAGUCGGAGCAAAGAGAUCGUCGAGAUUCCGCACAUUGGAAAUAAACCCAAGAAGCAAUCGAUGUCAAUGGAAGUAGUUCUUUUCUCAAUUGUGCUGUGCUCGUUGUUUCCCGCCAGAGUGCUAUUUAAAAAAACGUCAUAGCCCUAA